AUGAUUAAGACCAUGCUUCAACAUGCGAAGAAACACCCAGGGUUAAUCCCUCAAUUCGUCUUCACGACUAUGGGCAUCACAGGUGCCAUCCUCUACCUGAUCCGUCUGUCAAGAGGGCCUCAUGUCACCCUCUGGGACAAGAAGAACAACCCAGAGCCCUGGAACAAGCUCGAUCCAACCUACCAGUACAAGUUUGUGGCCAUCAACACAGACUACAAGAGCCUGAAGAAAGAGGGCCCUGACUUCUAA